AUGCAUCUCUUCCGCCGAACCACAUCCUCGCUCUUCAACUCCUCGAACGUCUCGCUCGCUUCCUCCAAGACCGAUGCGACAACGGACGCCGUCGGGGACAAUGACCUUGCUGUGGAGGGCUUCCGGUCUAUUUCCGAGUCAGACAAGCUCUUCCCAAACGCCGACCCAGCUACCGACGGCGAAGACUGUUUGCACGACUGUGCAACAUGCACUGUGAAAUACCCCUCCAAAUUUGAUGUUGACAUGGAAGACGAGUUGUAUGGGCAAGUGAAAGGGUGGGCCACACAUAUUCUUGUUGCGACAGGGAAGUCCGACUGGGUGCGAGAUGUAGCAGACGAAUCUGGGAGCAUCAUGGAGGCAAUUGAGAAAGGAGGAGUCGAGCCUAGCAAUGGGCGUCUCAAGCUCUCAGCCUCCAAUAUGCCCGUUCCAGACGAAUACCACAUGCACGAAGCUGGAAGCCAACCCACAAACGUCCUCAUACUCCCCAGCUUCACCGUUGUCGAGCAUGUCACACCGCAAUUGGCUCCAGAGUUGAUCGCAAGCUUCGUCAACACGUCACCAACCACCACAACACCGCUCGGUUACUCCUCCGUACCCACGGAACAGAAUGGAAGCUCCGAAGAACAAGGCGAACCUCUACCUCAUCCAUCAGACACCUCCAUCACCACCUCUCUCCGUUCGCACUCAUGUCCCCAUGCCGCUGUCAUCCUGUUAUGCUCGCAACGCACUCGCGAUGCGCGUUGCGGACAAUCCGCGCCGCUUCUUCGAAAAGAAUUCGAGCGUCACUUGCGUCCACUAGGACUAUAUCGCGACAUGGAUGAUAGUCGGCCCGGUGGUGUCGGAAUCUAUUUUAUCAGCCACGUUGGUGGACACAAGUACUCUGCCAAUGUGAUUGUGUAUAGACGCCGAGAUUUCGAUUGGUAUAAGAAGGAAGGCGCGGAGAAGGGUGAUGAUCAGGAAGGUGCGGCACAGGGUAUUUGGCUUGCGCGUGUACGGCCGGAAGAGUGUGAGAACAUCAUUCGAUAUACUGUGUUGCAUGGAAAGGUUUUAAAGCCUGGGAAGCAAUUGAGGGCUGGCUUUGAUCGGGAACGAGGGUUCACAAGUUGGUAA